AUAUGUCCUCUACUAGAAAAGAAGUUGCAGAAGUUAGUGGGGGGCGGGAGAGAGUUAGUUUGGAGCUUCUUUAUACAAAUCUCCUAGGGGUCAAUUGCUACUUAUUAAGUUGGGAGUUGCAUAGUCAUGGGGGUGUUUUUGCUGAUGAUAUCGCUAUUAUUGUGUCCAGUUGCAGCAUCAACAGCAAGGCCAGAUGUAAAACCAGCUAGCUGCCAAGAUAAGUGUGGGAAUGUUAGUGUUCCUUACCCCUUCGGGAUUGGAAAACAAAGCUGUGCCAUGAAUAAGCACUUCUUCCUAAACUGCAGUUCUGGCGCUGAUGGGCAACCUGAACUGUUGUUUGGAAACAUUCCUGUUCACAAUAUAUCAGUGCUGGAAGGCACAAUAACUGUCAGCGUAUACACUGCUUUCGCCUGCUAUGACAAAAGUGGGAGCAGGACAGACAAUUACCCACAGUCUUUCACCCUUGGAUCAGGCCCCUUCACGUUGUCAGACACCCGAAAUGUAGUCACAGUAAUUGGAUGCGAUACAUAUGCCUGGAUGACCAACGAUGAGUUCACAUACGGAGCUGCCUGUUUCUCCUUAUGCACCGAAGAUGUGAACAUGUCCGAUGAAAAUCCUUGCUCAGGUUCUGGAUGCUGCCAGACCUCAAUCCCCAAGGGUCUCAAAUCACUUAACUAUUCAUUAUCAAGUUUUUACAACUACGCGAACGUUUCGGACUUCAAUCUCUGUGGAUUCGCAUUUUUAGUGGACAAGAACUCCUUUAAGAUUUCAGAUUGGCCGCUCUCUCGCAAGCCAAAAUAUGGAACAGAUGCAUAUAGAACAGAUAUUGUGAUUGAAUGGGUAGUUAAAAAUGAGACGUGCGAACAGGCUAAAGCUAAUCGAAGUGCAUAUGCUUGUGGCACUAAUGCAAAUUGCACCUACCCUGAGAUUGGUCAAGGAUAUCGUUGCUCAUGCAAUGAAGGGUUCGAAGGAAAUCCUUAUCUCCAAGAAGGAUGCCAAGAUAUAGAUGAAUGCAAGGUUUUAAAAAACCCUUGUAAAGAAGGUACUUGCGAGAAUGUGAUUGGAGAUUACAAGUGUCGAUGUCCACGUGGCAAGCACGGUGAUGGUAAAACAGGCUGUAAAGGACCUGGUAUCAACACAAUUAUUGCAGUUAUCGGUCUGGCCCUUGGAGUACUGUUGUUGCUCAUUGGUGCUUGGUGGAUGUUCAAACUUAUCAAAAGAAGGAAGUGCAUUCAGUUGAAGAAGUUGUUUUUCAAACGGAAUGGUGGUCUCUUAUUGCAGCAACAAUUAUCCUCGAGUGAUGGUGGUGUUCAAAAGACAAAAAUAUUCAGUUCAAAUGAGUUGGAAAAGGCGACCGAUUAUUUUAAUGAGAACAGAAUACUUGGUCAUGGCGGCCAAGGCACCGUUUACAAGGGAAUGUUAGCUGAUGGGAGUAUUGUUGCAGUUAAGAAGUCUACAAUAGUGGAUGAAGAAAAACUAGAAGAAUUCAUCAACGAGGUUGUCAUUCUUUCACAAAUCAAUCACAGAAAUGUGGUUAGGCUACUUGGAUGUUGCCUGGAGACUGAUGUUCCUCUGCUAGUCUAUGAAUUCAUUCCCAAUGGAACUCUUUCCCAAUAUCUCCAUGAGCAAAACGAGGACUUUACGUUAUCAUGGGAAUCGCGGUUACGAAUCGCCUCGGAAGCUGCAGGUGCGAUAUCCUAUCUUCACUCGACAGCAUCUAUCCCGAUUUACCACCGAGACAUUAAGUCCACAAACAUACUCUUAGAUGAGAAAUAUAGAGCAAAAGUUUCAGAUUUCGGAACGUCAAGAUCAGUUUCCAUUGAUCAAACUCAUCUGACCACCAAGGUGCAAGGUACUUUUGGUUACUUAGAUCCGGAGUAUUUUCGAACCAGUCAAUUAACAGGAAAGAGUGACGUUUAUAGUUUUGGAGUAGUUCUCGUCGAGCUCUUAAGUGGGAAAAAACCAAUUUUCUUAACCCAUUCACUGAAAACCAUGAGCCUAGCCGAACAUUUCAUUGAAUUAAUGGAAGAUAGUAGACUCUUUGAUAUCAUUGAUGCUCAGGUUAAGGGGGAUUGCACUGAAGAGGAAGCCAUAGUUAUAGCGAAUCUUGCAAAGAGGUGUUUGAAUAUGAAUGGAAGAAACCGGCCACCAAUGAGAGAAGUUGCAAUGGAAUUGGAGGGGAUUCUAUUAUCACGUAACGGUAUCAAUAUUCAACAAAUGGUUGAAGUGGAUAAUUCAUCUAGGUCGAUUUCCUGCAGCAGUUUCGAGAUUGGUACAGAUGUACCAUUAGAUUGCAAGCCGUUGACUUCUUCUCAAACAUGGUGAGCUAGCGAUUAAGAAAAUAUAUCACAAAUCAUAUGUUUCUUUUUUGUUUUUAACACUUUUGCGAGGGUUGCUGAUUGAAUAAAAACUUAUAAUUGUAUUGUGGUUC